AUGGGCAAACUCCACUUUCCACCGGCUGCUGACCUGACAGCUGCGGACAAGCUGGUCUUGGGUCACCUGCAGAAAGACUAUGAGCAAUUUGAUGCCAAGCAGGAGAUUGUAGCUGCCGACGCUGCAGAGGAGUCUGAUGAUUCUGCAACCAAGCGCACAGAACAUGUAUCACCUUCCCCGGAGGACACUCAAGAAAGCGAGCAGCAGACCAUUGCCUACCUGAAGAACCUCAACAACCCCAAAUCAGAUGUCUUUGAGACCACCGUCUUCAGCGCUUGGGACCUUCCUGACUUCAAGAACUCUGCCCUGCGCAAAUGGAUCAUCGACCCAUAUGUGCGUUGGGCGAAAGGGGUUGUUCGAACCGAGACUGAUGUGAUCAUGAUCACGCAUCUUCUCACCUACCUCUGCACAAGUAUACCAUCUGCACUGUACCUGUUCUACAACUUCCACUGGUGGCAUGGCGUGCUCCACGCCGCCGUGCAGCUCUACUACAUGGGUCCCUACACUCUGCUCAUGCACCAGCACAUCCACAUGCGAGGCGUGCUGAGCAAAAAGUACGCUCUGAUUGACACCGUCUUCCCUUACAUCUUCGACCCGUUGAUGGGACACACGUGGAACUCGUACUUCUUCCACCACGUCAAGCACCACCACAUCGAAAGCAACGGACCCAACGACCUGUCAUCGACUGUCCGCUACCAGCGCGACAGCGUAUUGCACUUCCUGCACUACGUCGGUCGCUUCUACCUGCUCGUCUGGUUCGACCUGCCGCGCUACUUCCUGCGCAACAAGAAGACCAGUCUCGCGCUGAAGGCCGGAGGUUGUGAAGUCGCAAACUACAUCUUCUUGUACAGCAUGUACAAGUUCGCCAACGCCCGCGCAACAAUCUUCGUCUUCCUGAUCCCGCUCGCGCUCAUGCGCAUCGCGCUGAUGACCGGCAACUGGGGCCAGCACGCGUUUGUGGACGAGGUCGAGCCUGACUCUGAUUUCCGCUCCAGCAUCACGCUGAUCGACGCACCCAGCAACCGCUACUGCUACAACGACGGCUACCACACGUCGCACCACCUCAACCCGCUGCGGCACUGGCGCGACCAUCCCGCCGCCUUUCUGACGCAGAAGCAGCAGUACGCGGCCGAGCACGCGCUCGUCUUCCACAACAUCGACUACUUCAUGCUGACCGUGACGCUGCUGAGCAAGAACUACGCGCACCUGGCGCGCUGCCUGGUGCCGAUGGGCGCGCAGAUGGCCAUGACGAUGGACGAGCGCGCGGCGAUGCUGAAGCGCAAGACGCGGCGCUUCACCGAGAAUGAGAUCGCGCAGAAGUGGGGGAAGCAGUAUGCGAAGCUGAAGUAA